UAUCAACAUCGUCACUUUUAUUCGCUUUCCAUCACAAAUCAAUCUCGCCUAAAAUGCGUAAGCCACUGAGGCUAUUUGCACACGAUAAGCAAGGAAUCAUACCUCGUAUGUCAUGGUCACCGCAUAACUUAUAUAAUCUCAUCUCCCGAUCUACCGUCCCACCAAACGUGAGUCAAAUUUCCUUCAAGCAGGUAUCUUUGACAAUGUUUCAACAGAGAUGGAGAUCGAAAAGAUUUUUGCGAGGAUAUCAUGGUGAUUGGAUUGGUGAGAGACGGUUCAGGCGAUGGUACUUGCCCACUUCUGUUCCACGUUUAGGAAUGCAAGGUCAAUCAUUAGCCUCCUCUUCCACCGAAAGGGGAAUGACAGAACAAGAACGUUUGCCGGUGAUCACUUUGUUCUUGCGUGACGUUGAGAGGAGACUGGAUACUGUCGUUCAUCGUUGUUGUUUUGCCAGGAGCGCCCGUGAAGCUCGUGCAUUGAUUGUACACGGGAAGGUGAAACUAAAUGGGAUACAAACUACAGUUGCGGGAACUUUGCUGAAUCCGGGUGAUUUGCUUUCCGUUGAGCCAGGUGCUGUACCAAUGCUCUCAAAAGAUCUAGCAAGAAGAGCUGACGAACAAAAGGCUGCCGAUUUUGCCUUGAAUACGAGAAAAAGUGCAACAACGACGGAAUUGGAAGAAUCGGAAAGCGCAACAUCUACUUCAACAGCAGAUCAAGCAACGAUAGAAGACAAUCAAGCCCACGACAGAACAACAGAAACUCCCAUUCCCGAAACGACGAAUUCGAUCCGAUCUUCAGAAGCAUCUCUGAAGCCUUCUACAAUCAACGGUAAGGGAAAUGCGGAAGAGAAGCGGGACAAGGAUGUACUCUUACCAGGCGUUUUGCCUUUCAACCUGCCUUCGUUUGCUGCACCUUUUUUGUUUGUUCCGCCUUAUUUGGAAGUUUCUUUUACGACUUGUUCAGCCGUAUACAUCCGUCAUCCAACAAUCACACCCGCCGGCGCAGGGCAGCGAGUUCUGUAUAAUACCGACAUUCCAUCACCAUAUCCAGCGACCGGUGAUAUGUAUUCUUUGGCUUGGGAGAUGUAUGCCCGUGAUGCACCUAGAAUUCGAUCAGAUGUUCGCAGAUUACGAUUAGAGGCAAGGAUAGGAAGGCAAGGAUUGCAAACUGCAAGAGCGAAGGAUCAAUGGCGCAAAGUACUUGCGAUUCGAAGAAAGAGGGAUCGGGAAGAUGACGUAUUGUCAAAGCGAAUGGUGAUGAAAGGAGAGCGGAAACCGAAGCAAUUUAUAGUUGGACGCAAUGGCGGGCCGGUACAGCAGAGAGCAAUUGUAUGAUAUUUCUUCACGAUCAAUAAACUAUUCAUUCGACAUCAACUUCUUAUUUGCACAAACGAUCCAAUAAAAUCAUCGAUUAUCGUCAGUUCCUUGCCGCCCAACAAGCUAGGCUGACGAAAAUUUUUGCUUAGAGGUUCAGAUGAGGUUGGCAAUAUUAACGAUCGAAUCAUAUCCUGCUUACCACGAUAUGAUUUCUCUCAUGGUAAGAUUGUUUGACUGAUAACUGACUACAUAUAUCGGGCGUUGCUUGGCCAGAUCUUCAUUGCUCUUAUGUCAUUGUGAACAAAGGUAGGAUGUGGGAAGCGAGUAAAAAUUGCGUGCGUGCGCUCAAAAGAAGGGGAUACGCGU